AAAUAAGCACAGAUGCCGUGUCGAUCAUUAUAUAUAUAUAUAUAUAUAAAGGCAAGUUUACUUUCCAUUGGAAUUACACAAGGACAGAUGAAAAUGGAGUUCAAGAAACUAGGGUUGAGGUUUUUCCUUUUAGUAAUACUCUUGUUGCCGCUGCCUCAUCUCCCUCUUUUGCAUGCACAUCCUUUCAAUACUACAACUGCCUUUCAGGAAGAACCAAAUGCUGCGGACAAAGAGAUGCAGAGAAACUUAACAGUUAUAAUAGGGCUCAAGCGGUUGAUAUCAGUAAACAGGAAAGGUGGUGGUGGUCACGGAAGAGGAGGUCAUGCUGGCGGACAAGGAGACAGGGCUAUCAGCGGAGGGCAAUCAGGGAAUAAUGAUGGGGCAUACAAGAAUGGUGCAACUGUAGUUCCACUAUAUGCUGCUACUGGGGCUAGAGGUCAUCACCAUGGUACUAAUGAAGGCACCCACAAGUAUGCUGGUUCAAGUUUUUGGGUUCUUGCAGUUUUGCUUGUUAGUUUUGUUCAAUAUUUUGCAUAGGCAGCUUGCGGUUUUCUAUGAAAGUCCAGGAUGCUACCACAACUAGAUUCUGAUGUGUGGUAUUCUUUUUCUUUUCUUUACCCUGCUGCUAGCAGUGUUUCAAUAGCUUGAGAACUUGAUGAGAAAAAACAAGUUUCAGAAUAUAAUUGACAUUUCAUUUCGAUAUGGGGUUUACAAGUUACAACCCACUUUCAAACGUA